CGCGCGCUCACCCCCGCGCUUCGCUUUUGGCCCCUCCCGGCCACCGUUACUCUCUACAACUCGGCGCCCGCGACCCGGAAGAGCAUUCUCCUUAGCAACUGCGGGACGGCGGCGGCGCUGGCCUCCCGGGAGCUACGCUAGUGACACCUGAGCUGCUCAAGGCGGGAAGAAUUCAGAGCAGUGGAGGCCCUGCGGAAUCUGGAGAGAAGAGGUGACCUUGGAACCAGUAAUGAGCCAUCCUGACUACCGGCUGAACCUGAGGCCCCUGGGGACUCCCAGAGGUGUGUCCUCUUUGGUUGGCCCACAUGGUGUUGGUGCUUCGCCAGGUGACAAAAAGUCAAAGAACAAGACCACACGAGGGAAGAAAAAGAGCAUAUUUGAAACCUACAUGUCCAAGGAGGAUGUUUCAGAAGGCUUGAAGAGAGGAACACUUAUCCAGGGUGUUUUGAGAAUUAAUCCGAAGAAGUUUCAUGAAGCCUUCAUUCCUUCUCCGGAUGGUGAUCGAGACAUUUUUAUUGAUGGCGUUGUUGCUCGUAAUAGAGCCUUGAAUGGGGAUCUGGUGGUCGUGAAGCUGCUUCCAGAGGAGCAGUGGAAGGUAAUUAAACCGGAGAGCAAUGACAAGGAAACAGAAGGUGCCUAUGAGUCCGAUCUCCCUGAGGAGCUCUGUGGAAGCCAGCUUCCGCAACAGUCCCUGAAAGGCUAUAAUGACAGUCCUGAUGUCAUUAUAGAGGCGCAGUUUGAUGACAGCGACUCAGAAGAUGGACAUGGCAACACUCAAAAUGCUCUGGUUGAUGGUGUUAAGAAACUCUCAGUUUGUGUUCAGGAAAAAGGCAAAGAGGAUGCUGGUGCACCAAUGAUAAAAGAUGAGAACACCUUCACAUCACAGGACUCCAGAGUAUUACCAGAGAAGUCACAGCAGAGAUCAGCAAAGGUGGUUUACAUCUUGGAGAAGAAGCACUCACGUGCAGCGACUGGCUUCCUCAAACUCUUGGCUGAUAAGAACAGUGAACUGUUUAGGAAAUAUGCCCUGUUUUCUCCCUCAGACCACCGAGUGCCUAGACUAUACGUGCCUCUCAAGGACUGUCCGCAGGACUUUGUGACCCGGCCCAAAGACUAUGCCAACACACUGUUCAUCUGCCGCAUCAUGGACUGGAAGGAGGACAGCAACUUUGCCCUGGGGCAGCUGGCGAAGAGUCUUGGGCAGGCUGGUGAAAUUGAGCCUGAAACAGAAGGGAUACUUACAGAGUAUGGUGUGGAUUUCUCUGAUUUCUCUUCAGAAGUUUUAGCAUGUCUCCCUCAAGGCCUGCCUUGGACAAUUCCACCAGAGGAAUUCAGCAAGAGAAGAGAUUUAAGAAAAGACUGUAUCUUCACCAUUGACCCAUCAACCGCCCGAGACCUCGAUGACGCCCUCUCCUGCAAGUCCCUCGCUGAUGGCAACUUUGAAGUGGGCGUGCACAUUGCUGAUGUCAGUUACUUUGUUCCUGAAGGAUCCAGUCUGGAUAAAGUGGCUGCUGAGAGAGCUACGAGUGUCUACUUGGUUCAGAAGGUUGUCCCCAUGCUUCCCAGGCUGCUGUGUGAAGAGCUGUGUAGCCUCAAUCCCAUGACCGACAAGCUGACCUUCUCUGUGAUCUGGACGCUAACUCCGAAGGGCAAGAUCCUCGCUGAAUGGUUUGGCCGGACCAUCAUCCGCUCCUGCGCCAAAUUGAGCUACGAGCACGCGCAGAGCAUGAUUGAAAGCCCGACCAGGAGAAUCCCGGAGAGGGAGCUGCCUGCCAUCUCCCCCGAGCACACGUGUGACGAGGUGCACCGGGCUGUCUUGAACCUCCACGGAAUCGCGAAGGAGUUACGCAAACAGCGGUUUGCGGACGGCGCACUGCGUCUGGAUCAGCUAAAGCUUGCUUUCACUCUGGACCAUGAGACUGGGUUGCCUCAAGGAUGUCAUGUCUAUGAGUACCGAGACAGCAACAAGCUCGUGGAGGAGUUCAUGCUCUUGGCCAACAUGGCCGUGGCCCACAAGAUCCACCGCGCCUUCCCCGAGCGAGCCCUGCUGCGGAGGCACCCCCCACCCCAGACCAAGAUGCUCAAUGACCUGGUGGAAUUCUGUGAGCAGAUGGGGCUACCCAUGGACUUCAGCUCUGCGGGGGCCCUCAAUAAAACUCUGACCGAAAUGUUCGGAGAUGACAAGUACUCCCUGGCCCGGAAGGAGGUGCUUACCAACAUGUGCUCCCGGCCCAUGCAGAUGGCCGUGUACUUCUGCUCGGGAGCGCUGCAGGACCCAGCCCAGUUCCGCCACUACGCCCUCAACGUGCCGCUCUACACACACUUCACCUCCCCGAUCCGCCGCUUCGCAGAUGUCUUGGUUCACCGCCUCCUGGCCACCGCACUGGGCUACCGGGAACUUCCAGACGUGGAGCCCGACGCCCUGCAGAAGCAGGCCGACCACUGCAAUGACCGCCGCAUGGCGUCCAAGCGCGUGCAGGAGCUCAGCACCGGCCUCUUCUUCGCCAUUCUGGUCAGGGAGAGUGGCCCCCUGGAGUCAGAAGCCAUGGUGAUGGGCAUCCUGAACCAAGCCUUCGACGUGCUGGUGCUGCGUUACGGGGUGCAGAAGCGUGUGUACUGUAACAUGCUGCCCCUGCGGUCCCACCAUUUCCAGAAGGUGGGCAAGAAGCCAGAGCUCACGCUCGUAUGGGAGCCCGAGGACUUGGAACAGGAGCCAGUGCAGCAGGUCAUCACCGUCUUCAGCCUGGUGGAGGUGGUGCUGCAGGCAGAGGCCACCGCCCUCAAGUACAGCGCCGUCCUGAAGCGACCGGGCACUGAGGGCCUCCUGGACCCGCAGGACCAGCUGGGGUGUGGUGACCACAAGGAGGAGCAAGACUGAAGCUGCCAGCCUGGCCGCGCCCCUCUCCCCCCGCCCCUCUGCCCCCGCUGGAUUUUAGGAAUAGGACCUUUUGACACCAACGGGGAUUUUUUUUUUUUAAUUUGGUUUUUAACAACUCAGGGUUUUGUUUUUAUUUUUUUCAUCCUGUUUUAUUUCUGCAGCUCAGUUUUUAAGCUGGAGGGGGGAGAAGGUGGGGCUGAGAAGAAGGGACGGAAGGCGGAGGCCUGGCCGGUGCUCAGCCACCCAGAGCUCGACCCAGUCCUCCUGGAGGCCAGCCCCCCUGCUGCCCCGUUACCCACUGCCCACCCCUGCCCAGGAAACCAGGGGUUUUCAGCAAAUCAGUGUCGUGGAAUAAAAUCAAGUGUGAAGUGCUGUCUGGGUGUGGGGCGGCUGGGUGCCCCUUAGACUCAGGAUGUGGAGCCUGGGCCGGCUCCACCCCUCAUGGCUCAGCUCAGGUGGCCGCCCUCAGGAAUCUCCUGUCAGGUCCAGGAAGAUUCAUGGAGCUGGCCACGUGACAGAUGGAGGCCAGGGCCUCAGUCUGGCUGAUUAGAAAUGGAAUUAGUAUGCCAGACGGCAAGCGCACCCAUCACCCUGUGCAGGUGGCUAUGACCAUCCCCACCCCCACUUCCUCUUGGCCUGCUGGCCCCCCAUAGCCUCAAGAGGGGGGCCUGGGUCCUAUGACACCCCCACUGCCAAGGCUGGAGCUCUGGAAGGGAAAUAGGUGAGGUCUGGUGGUUUGGUGAUGGGUGAAGGGGUUUCUGCAGCCUGGGCAGCCUGACAGAGAGCCCGAGGGUGAGACAUCUCCACCUGCCCCCCACACCCCCGCACCCCUGCCCGGGGGGGAUCAGGCCCCUCUCCUUCAGAGGGACACCCUCAGGGCAGAGAUGGGUCAGCGUGCUGGGUGGACCCAGGGCAGCAUGGCCCCAGGCCGGACACCCUUCCUCACAGCCCCAGAGCCCCGGACCCUGGUGAAGCAUAGCCAGCUUGGUCAGCAGGGAAGGUGUUUGCUGCCUGGACUUGCCAGGCAAGCAGAGGCUGGCCUCGCCCUGAUGGGCCCAGAGCUGAGGGACCCAUAGCAGCCCCAGCACCUCCUCCCGUUUACAGAAGGGGAGCCACACCCAGAAAGGCAGCAGGUCUCCAGCCAGGCCCAGCGUUCGGCACCUGCUCGCCCCACACCCCCGGCCUGAGGGCCCAGAGCAAAUGGCCCAGUGCUCUUCCCGCCUGACUGCAGCCGCGUCCUUCAUCCACAUCUGCUCAGACGGCAGGUGUCGUGGACACCAUCCGAGUGCCGGGCGCUGGCGGGACACACAUCCACCAGUCCAAUGAGAGAGCCAUUGUGGCCCCUCGCUUAGGGUUAGGAGGCUAUGGAUAAAGGGGGUGAUGAGACACAAAGCUUGUCAAAGAGACUUCCCUGGUGGUACAGUGGAUAGGAAUCCACCUGCGCAUGUAGGAGACAUGGGUUGGAUUCCUGGUCCAGAAAGAUCCCACGUGCCACAGAGCAGCUAGGCCCACCAGCCACAACUCCCAAGCCCACGUGCUCCUGAAGCCCAUGCACUCUGGGGACGGUGCUCCCAACACAGAGUAGCCCUGCUCCCAGCAACCAGAGAGAGCCCUCGCAGCAAUGAAGACCCAAGACAGCCAAACAAAAAACACUGUCAAAAAGGAAGCCUGUCAUUCUUCAGCUGCCCCAGAGCACCUUGGUGUCUCCUCAGGGACCCACCUCAGGUCACUGCGGGCAGGGAUGUGUAGAUGCAAAGGAUGUCACUGCAGGACAAGGUUCUAGUGAGGUUCAGAGGCUGAGGUGUGUGUUUCCAGCCGAGAAGGGGUGACGCUCAGAAAAAGAAAGCACUGGCCCCUAGCCCGCGUGGGUGAAGAAGCUGAGACUCUAAGCUUUCUGACUUGAGCCGUGAAGGGCAGAGGUCACCAGGGUCAGAGGACGGGCGAGGGGACGCUGGUGAGGUAGGAACAGGUAGGUCCCCACGGGCCAGCUAUACCAGCCUGAGAGCUUGACUCUGCUAAAGGCCGUCAGAGCCAGGGGAAGGUCUCACUGGGGCUGUGACAUGAUGUGACCUUUGUCCUUCACUCGUUUGUCGACAACCGUGAGAGCCUCCCUGUGCCCAUGUCCUCGGGGAGCGUGAGGUUGGGAGGGGAAGUCGGGUUUCUAGAGUGGCAGGUGGUGAGUGCAGUGUGGACAGCAGGAGAGGAAAACCAGUGCUGAGGAGGGGGCACAUGUGGCUGAGAUGUCCAGGAACUGCCCGUGGCCUCUUGUAGACACCCCCUAAGGCCGGAGUGGGCUUGGUCAGUGAAGGGGGCCUCUGGGGCUGUCUCCCCAGUGGACUCAUCUCUUUGUGGGACCUGCUCCCCAGCUUCUAGCCCAUUCCUCCCACCUUCUCAGGUUCCUAGGAGCCACCAUUCUAUACCAUGACAUCUCUGAUGGGACUCCAAUGGGGUGGGCACCUGGCCCAUUGUGGGGGUCUCUCCUAACUAGAAUUGGGGGUAGUGGUCAGUCUCUCCCCAGGAAGGUAGGCUCCAAGGUACAGAAGCCUGGGUUUCCGGACAGUCACUGUGAAGGAAGCAGUGGACACCAGGAGGAAGGGAAGUGGCUCAGAGAAGGGAGACCUAGAGCCAUAGAGGCACUGGGUUUCUACAUCCAGGAGACCCAGAUGAUCACCAUGUGGUGAGCUUAUCUGCCUGCUGGUGGUUCACCCACCACCGGGAGCCUUCCCAUCAAUUCCCUUCCCCUGAAGCUGCUUCACAUUCGGUUUUUUUCUUCGCAAUCAAGAUAGGAAUCUCCUUAAAGCCUCUGGAUGCUACCAAAGGGAACUUGGCUGCCCUCCCCCAGUUCAGUUAGUUCAGUUCAAUCGCUCAGUCCUGUCUGACUCUCCGACCCCAUGGACUGUAGCACGACAUGCCUCCCUGUCCAUCACCAACUCCCGGAGCUUACUCAAACUCAUGUCCAUUAAGUUGAUGAUGCCAUUCAACCAUCUCAUCCACUGCUGACCCCUUCUCCCGCUUUGAACCUUUCCCAGCAUCUUUUCAAAUGAGUCAGUUUUUCGCAUCAGGUGGCCAAAGUAUUGGAACUUCAGCUUCAGCAUCAGUCCUUCCAAUGGAUAUUCAGGACUGAUUUCCUUUAGGAUGGACUGGUUGGAUCUCCUUGCAGUCCAAGGGACUCAAGAGUCUUCUCCAAUGCCACAGUUCAAAAGCGUUAAUUCUUCAGUGCUCAACUUUCUUUAUACCAGUGAGCAGCAAAGCCAAUCUGUUGACAUUGCUUGUGGGGAAGCAAAGUUUUUUGCAGGUGCCAAGCAAGGAGCAACUCAUACUCAAAAGACCCAAACUCCAUGAUGGCUUUCAGGGGAGGGUUUUAAAGGCCACAUCAGGGGUGAGGAUCUGAGGUGCGUGAUCUGUUCAUGGACCUUCUUCUGAUGGGCUGGUGGUCCAGGUGCUGUUUUGGGAAUCUCAGUCAUCAACCUACCGGUUCCAGCCAGUCUGGGGCCUGACUGCUUGCAGUCAGCAUAUGGUCAGCAUCCUCCACCUGGGCAGGGGUGGGUAGAGGGCAGGCUCCAUUCCUGCAGAACAACUCAAGAGAUUUGUGUCAGGUUGUUAGGUAUAACCUUGAGGAGGAACUAGGUGUUCUGUGACUCUGUUGUUUAAGCUCUUCUUACUUUUCUUCUUUUUAAUUUUAUUUAUUUGGCUGCACCAAGUCUUAGUUGUGGCAUGAGGGAAAAUUAGUUGAGGCAUGCUGGAUCUACUUCCCUGACUAGGGAUCGAACUCCAGCCCUCUGCAUUUGGAGUGCAGUGUCUUAACCACUGGACCACCAGGGAAGUCCCUAAGUGCUUCUUACUAUCCUUGCUUGACUGCUUUCCUCUGUUUCCACAUUCUCUCGCCUGUCUAGUUAGUAACUGCUUGAGUCUGUUCUUUGGAACUCAAGGAAGGCCCAGGAGACGUCCCUCUACAAACAAGAAAUGGGGGACACGUGGGGCUUUUGUACCCAGAAAGACUUCACAGGGUCCAGCUCUGCUGUUUCAGUUCCUCGUUUCCUUGGAUCCUCUUCAACCCUGAGGGGAAUGGAGCAGGACGAGAAAAGGAAUAAAGGACUGGGGUGGGGAGGUCAAUCGUAAACAUGGAUUGAGGAACUCGGCUUUAGGGGGCCUCAGUUUCAAGGACGCUGCCUGUUCUGACCCCAUGUCCAGUCCAGCCACCCUGGCUAACGGGUCCCAGAGUAAACCCAAGCUACUCCCUUCAAGUCCCGCCCAAGUCACAGGUUUGUGGUCGAAUUAACUGUUGUUCUUCCUUAAGGCUAUUUUGGUUCGUGACACAGCCAUCAACCGCAGAGUAUAAAUAAAUGUAGUUUCAAAUUGAAAAAUGGGGAUUCCCUGGUGGCUUGGUAGUAAAGAGUCAGCCUGCCAACGUAGGAGACGCCAGUUUGAUCCCUGGUCCAGGAAGAUCCCAUGAGCCACGGAACAACUAAGCCCAUCCAUGUGAACCACCGUGCCUAUGCUAUAGAGAACGGAAGCCGAAACUGCUGAAGCCCACUCUCCCCCUAGAGCCUGUCCACGACAAGAGAAGCCACUGCAAUGAGAAAUCCAUGCGUGUCAACUAGAGAGUUGCCCCUGCUUGUCACAACUAGAGAAAAAGCUGGCAACAAUGAAGACCUGGCACAGCCAAAAAUAAAUAAAUUUUAAAAUUGAAAGAUGGAAAAUAUAUAAUUUAGAAACAGUGGUAAAUAUCAAAAUUAAAACCUAACAGAGGGGGAAAUGGUUGCCUUGGAGAUGGGAAAAGGCAGUGAGAGAGACAGGAACCUGCUGCUUUGUUUUAUUGUAACAAACCUUGUGGAGCUUUGUGAUACGUCAAACUACAUUAAUGUAUAACUUGGAUAAAAAUUAAAGCUAAAACUCAAUUUUUUUUC